CCUCCUUCACUCCUCUUUCAUCUAUCCUUACUUCCAUUCAUAUACUCCCCUUAUUUCAUUUCGCCCCUCAUUCUAUCGCUACCUGCUUUUCAGAUCUCCCCCACCUCUUCCUGUCUUUCUCUGUGCAUCCCUCUGUCUCCUCUCUCAACGUCCAUAGUUUUGGCUUGUGUCUCCCGGUGCCCUUGCUGAGCUUUCCGUCGUGCGGGUAAAAGCCAGGAGGGAAUGAGUGGGGCUCACAGAGUGCAAGAGUCAGAACACUCCAGGGGUGAAGUUGCACUGGUGAUUUCACUGGAUGGUUUGAACUGGCUUCACAGAAGGAGAUGCAGUGACAAAGGAAGGAAGAAACGGAAUGAAGAGCUCCAGUUCUGGAUAUCUUCAGGUCAAAUGACGCUGGCUGAUGAGAAGCAGCAGCCAAUCACGUGUAUCCCUGACCAACGAGGAAGAGCAGCCCUUAACUUGUGGAGGAACAGUGAAUGCAGAUCAAGUCCAUGGUCAUCUUCCUUCCCUCUCUCUCCUCAGCACUGUUUUCUUCUAGAGGAGCCUCUCCAGCAAUCAGCAUUUACUUCUUCUGUCUCACAGUGUCCAAAGGAAGCUUCAUGGAAAAAACUCAUCUUAAAUAUUUGGGACAUUUUCACUUUGAUCCCAAGGAAUGUAAAUUUAACAACCCAGCAGCGUGUUAUUACAAUGGAUCACCCAAACAGGUUUAUCAUUUUCUGUAACAAGGACAUACCCCUGCAGCUUGUUACUGACAUUUGCCACACUCAAGAUUGCAAGACAUUCAUAGGGACUACUGAAUCUAGUGAUAAAAACGAUGUGUCAAGUAGUUUAAAAAAUGCCAAUUUGCCCUCUGAUCUCAAUAAUAACUCUGAGGAGGAUCCCGGUGAAGUGUUUCAUGGGGAAAAUCAUAACAUAAGCACCCGUAAAAGUCUUUUAAAAUCCUAUCAAAACUACAAUCAUCCAGGAGAGUCAUCUGAAAGGGACAGGAAACUAAGGAAGAGUGUGUCCUUCGAUGAUGACGUCAUGGUCUACUUAUUUGAUCAGGAAGGUCCCACCAUGGAGCUGCACCCUGAGCCCUGCACAUCUCUGCCAAACGCUGCUACCUUCAACCUGCAAGAUGUCACAUUAGACGACAGCGGCUUGGAGUGGGAAGACGACUUCUUAGCUCUGGAGAGGAGCUCGCACCUCCAGUGUGUCAGUCGUUCUCUACACUCCACCCUUUCCCUGCCAACACCGAGCUGGACUGCUGCGUCCAGGCCGCAGCUUUACCUCCCGUCUCAAACUGGCCUCUUCCUCACCCAUGUCGCUGAGUCAGACCUCGAGCUGUGAGAUAAACAGCCGGUCACACACACACACACACACACACACACACACUGAGCUACAGGUGCUGAUGUGUGUGACACAGUGGCAGUCAAACACAGCCUUUCUAUAAAGCUUGCUGCCUUCAGCCAAAGGCCACCUCACUGUCACCAUGGCCCAAUGUGACAUCCACGCUUGUUUUUCUUUCAGACAGCCAGCCUUGGUCUAAUGGAAAAACUGACUAAUCGUCCAGAUCAACGUCCUCUUCACCUCUUCCGACUCAUCUACCUCCACCCCCCUCCUCUUUAAUGAUGAGUCAGGGAUUGUAAUGGCUUUUUCUUUUUUUCUCUCUCUCAUUCUCUCUCGUUCUCUCUGCCCCAAAUGGAUUCAGAGCACCUGCUGUUCAUGACAUCAGAGCUCUGCAGGACUGUGUGACAGUGCAUUCAGCUUGAACAGUUGACACAACCACUGGCUAUGAUGUGAAAAAAAACAACGGGUUGCAUAACAGCGCUGGUACCUUUCCAGCUGCAGACCUCUUUGGAAGCUGCUUUUUGUGCCAGGUUGCGUCCUUGCCCUGAGCGAUGAAACAGAGACAUAAAUAAUGUCCAACUUUAAUGAGUCUUGGUUUUAACAUGUCUGAAACCCCAUUCUACCUUUAAAUGGUUGGGUUCAAGAAAUUCCUUGUUAAUCUAUGUGGGAUGUUGUUUAUACAGUUUGUUUUGCUCAAACAGAGCAUGCUUGUGGAGGCCCUGUUUGCCUGCCUCAUUACUGAAGUGUAUUCAGCCCAGAAUUUAUCAGAGGCUGUGGCUGAAUAAACAGUGUGAGCCUUAGGGGCCAAAGAAGGCAGAAACUGAACAAACUCAAAAUAAAAGAUAAUGUUUCCACAGAGUGCCGGCAUCAGCGAGGUUUGGUUGAUUAGAUACAGUGUACCUGAGGAGCAUAGGAAAGCUGGCAGGACCAGUCACACACACACACACACACACNCACACACAC